AUGAUCCGUAAGCAACUAGCACGAUUCGUUCAUUCUCCAGCAUUCAAGCACCAUGCACGAACAACAGUAAACCCCGUUGACUUUAGACUAACUCCUCCAAGCAACGUUACCCCCAAGUCGGUGCUAGUUUUCUCGACACCGACGUGCCUACCCAACAUCAUUCAAGAUGCCAUCGAUCUACACCAGACAAACAGACUACAGGUUGUUGUAGCGGGCAUCGACACAAUGGUUCCGUUUUCAAGUAGGAACGGUGUGAGUGAGUUGUGGCUUGAGCAGGAAAUGAAAAUCGGCACGUCGGUGCUACUUGAGGAAAAAGACGACAUCAACAAACCGCCACGCGAAAGCGACGGGAUCAACCCUGUCUCUGCGAGAAAAAACUGGAAGGACAUCACCGGGAGCGUUAGUUUCAAGUUGAAGAAUGAAAUGGAGGCACGGGUUACUCUUGCAAACACCGUUUUCUCCUCGGGUUCAAUCAUCACCUUGUUUUACUUUGACUCGAAAAUGGGCCUCUCGGGACAGCACUUGUGUGAGUUGAGCUUGGAGUUACCGCAUGGCGUGAUACCACGACACUCAAGAGCUAUUGUCGAAGACCAUUGGACUCCACUAUACCCGAACGAGUCGUUCAAAAUUACAAAAUGCGUGGGUAAUUUACUAAAACAGGUUGAGAACAAGCCAGCUGCCAAGUUUUUAGAAGAGAACAAUCUGUUGAUGAGCCUCAAGUCGAAAGAUACAGAAGUGUAUGUCAAGGUGAGGAAACAGGGCACCACCCACGUUGAUAGAUUCAAAGUGGUUGCAGGUGGCGGGGGAUGGGGAGCUAAAGCUGACAUAAUCGCGCUAUCAGCGGAGGCACAACCCAGUGUAGGUGACUUGAUAGAGUUCUACAUGGUGACUCCCCAGCACCGGUUCCAGCCGCAACACGAUGUUUCGAAAUACCACGACUGUUUCGCACUCCAGAGCAGCUACGAGGAGACGUCGUAUGGGUCACGUCUCGCACAAGAGCAGGUGUUUGAAAAUGCGUUUGGGUGCGGCAGUGAAAAGGGGUUCUUUUGGAACGGGGUGGGGCAUGUGUCCCCCGGAGAAACAGUGUUUGUAAAAAUGUAA